UUUAAGUUAUAUCCACAAAUAAAAAUAAAAAUAAACACAAGUGACCGAAAUAAUUGAUGACCACCUACAUACAAUCAAACUCAUUCCUAACCAUGCAAAUUCACACCGGUGUCUUCAUUUCUAUCUUGCAUUUGUUCUCCUUAUCUUCAUCUCUCAUCCACUCAAUCUCUCUCCUAAACUCUAGGGUUUUACACCUAACAACAACAACUAGAUUUCUUUGCAUUAGAUCCAACUUGUUGUUCUGAGGUUACCAGUCCCAGGAUUUGAUCUGUUUGUUGUUGCGUACGAUGAAGAUUCAGUGCGACGUGUGUGAGAAAGCUCCGGCUACACUGAUCUGUUGCGCGGAUGAAGCGGCUUUGUGUGCAAGAUGUGAUGUUGAAGUUCAUGCAGCUAAUAAGCUUGCUAGCAAGCAUCAGAGGUUGAUGUUGCAAACGCUCUCAAAUAAGCUUCCUCCAUGUGAUAUUUGUCAAGAAAAAGCGGCGUUUAUCUUCUGUGUAGAGGACCGGGCAUUGUUUUGUCGGGACUGUGACGAACCAGUUCAUUCGGCUGGAAGCCUUGCUGCCAACCACCAACGUUUCUUAGCCACUGGAAUCCGGGUGGCUCUUAGUUCCAGUGCUGCUAAAGGGGCCGAGAAGAGCCUCCAAGAACCACCGCCACCGUCCACCAUGACUGCAGUUGUACCCGAGGUUGUUCCCGUGAAAGCACCGGCACAUCAAAUUCCUGGAUACACUUCGCCAUCGUGGGCUGUCGAUGACCUCCUGCAGCUUUCCGAUUUUGAUUCGUCUGACAAGAAAGAACAACUCGAAUUUGGGGAACUUGAGUGGUUAACGGACUAUGGUGUGUUUUGCGACGAAGCUGCCGAAGUUCCUCAACUUCCGACAUCGCAACCAAUCAACACUGCCUCAUAUCGGCAAACCAAGCAAUACGCCCCCCAUAACAAGAAACCAAAGUAUGAAAUGCCAUAUAUCGAAGAAGACGAUGAUGAACACUUCACCGUCCCUGAUCUUGGUUAGACGAUAAAGAUGCGCCUAUAUAUUAUCCAAAGUUCUAUGGUUUGGUCCAUACUAUACAAGGACCAAAUUCAUACGAGUUUGAUAAUAUAGUUAGAAUAUAUUUCUAAAUGAUGUGUGUAAUAAAAUACCAAAAUGUUGCUUAAUGCGAUAGCUAGCCCAAAGUGUGUAACGUUUUAUAUUUUGAGUUGAAGUGAUCUCCUUAAAAGUUAGUAUAUUACAACUA